AUGCUGCGCCGGGCGGCCCUCCGGGCGGGCGCCUCGAGCGGCCUGUGCGGUUCGACGUCGACGCGGACGCGCGGGUUCGCCUCCAGCGGCGCCUCUCAACUCGGAUGGUUCGGCCUCGGCGGUGCGAGCGCCGAUGACGCGUCGUCCGCGGCGGUCGCGGAGACCGCCGCCGACGCCGCGCGCGUCGGCGAGACCGCGACCGGGGAGCUCUCGACGACCGCGUCCACCAGCGCGUUUUCGUUCGACGCCAUCCCGGACGUCGUCGGGCACGCCGCGAGCGCGCUCGCGCACGCGCACGAUCUCUCCGGGCUGCCGUGGUGGAUCACCAUCGGCGCGAGCGCGGUCGCGGUGCGCCUCGCGCUCCUCCCCGCGGCGGUGCGCCAAGCCAAGGCGGGCGCGCUCGUGACCGCGGCGGUCGCGCGCGCGAAGGGGCCCGACGGGAAGCCGCCGAGGUCGAUGCGCGACAUAUAUAACGCCGCGAGCGAGCUCCGAAGGCGCACGAACGGCGUCGCCGUCGGAUGGCUGAUCGCGGGGCCGCUCGUCCAGCUCCCCGUCUUUUUCGUCGCCGUGCUCGGCGUGAGACGACUCGCGCAGCAGCCCGACAUCGGGCUCGAACUCGGCGGCGCCGCGUGGUUCACGGACCUCACGCUCGCGGCGGUGGACCUCUCCACCGCGACCGCGCCGAUGGGGCUGAUGGGCGCGGCGUUGCCGUGCGCGACGGCGGCAGCUUUGUUCGCGAACGUCCACCGGUCGCUCGGCCCCGCCGCGGCGGCGGCGCCGGCGGCGGCGACGCUGAAGCUCUUCGUGGAGUGGCUCACGGUGCCGACGCUGAUGAUCGGGAUGCAGCUCCCGCACGCGAUUCAUAUGUACUGGCUCCCGGCGUCGCUGAGCGCGCUCGCGCAGGGGGCGUUCAUGAGGACGCCGGAGGGGAGGCGGGCGCUGGGGAUCGAUCCGGAUUUCGCCGCGGCGGCGAGGUAUACCGCGAAGGAGCAAGCCGCCGCGGGGUUGAAUUUAUCCCGCGCGCUCGACGCCGACGAAGUUCGGUGGCUUCGAGACGCCGCGCAGGCGAGGGCGGACAAGAAGAUUGAGGACGCGCUGCGGAUGUUAGAGCGCGCGGCGGCGCGGAUGCCGGCGCCGGAGGCGGAGGAGGAGCCGCCGCGAGCGGACGCCGCGGGCGACGGCGACACCCUCGACGCCGCCGCCGGCGAGACGAAGACGUCCAGAGGCAAGGCGCCGCCGCUCACCGUGAGCGCGAGCGCGCACCCGACGGUUCUGUACGCGCUGGCGCAGACGCGCAUGGUCUUGAAGCUGUGGAAAGACGCCGCGAACGCGUACGAGUUGUCCGCGAAGAUGGAAGUCAACGCGGAGCGCCGAGCGAUGGCUUUCGCCGGCGCCGGGGUGGCGCGCGCCAACGUCGGGGACCUCGCCGCGGCGGCGACCGCGCUGGACGCCGCGAUCGCGCUCAACGAUAAGGACGUGAGCUCGAUGAUAUCGCUCGCGGCGGUCAGGAAGAGGAGCGGCGAUCUGAAGGGCGCGUUCGAGGUUCUCGAGAGGGCGGCGAAGAUCGCCCCGGAGGUCCGAGAGCGAUUCAUCGCGCCCCUGGAGAAGGAGACGGCGAGGGGAGGGAAAAAAGGAGGAAACGCGCGCGCCUCCUCCGGCGGUCAUAAGGUUAAGGGUGCGGGUAGGGAAAAAAACGCGCACGAGGGGGGUAGGAACGGGGGACGCGGCGAUAACGAUAGGAGGACGUAG